AUGUAAGCACAAUGGACCCUUGUAAGCGAAGAUUUAUUAGAUUUUACUGUUUCCACUUCUAAAUGGAUUUUUAGAGAUUCAUGUGAUUGGGAUAAUAAUUCAUUAAGUGGAUCGAUCGAAAAAUGCAAAGAUAACGACAUAAGAUAUAUUUUAGUAGGGGAUUCUAAGAAUAGCGCAACUUAUACUGUUUUAAAUUUACCUCCUCAUUACGAAGUUAAAGUUAUUGUAGAUGGUUAUUUCAUAAGGCCACCAGGUUCAUUUGUUACAAUUUCUUUCAAUAUUUAAGGAUCCUCCUCUGCAUAUUCAUUCAAUUAUAAGGAUGAUUCUCUAUAAAAUUAUGAUAAAGCUUGUAAUGAUGACUGGAGUAAAUUUGAAAUAUAAACUUAUACUAUGACCUUUAAUCAUAAUGAUAAUGACAAACUUCUAUUUAGAGUAUGUGGAACUAGUUUUCCAAAUGGAAGAAAUUAUGGUAUAAGAAGUUUAUAGAUUUAUAUAAAUUAAUGUCAUUGGUCAUGUUUAAAAUGUAGUUCUAACAAUUUAGCAACUAAUUGUUUAGCUUGUUUUACUGAUCCCUCUAUUACUUUAGGUUCCCCUACAACUUGUAGUGAUUGUCCUACAAAUUAUUCUUUUAUUGAAUAUUUAGAUAAUACAAAAAGUUGUGUAACAGAAUGUAAUUUCUAUAGAAUUCCAGAUUCAAAUAAAGUAUGUUAAUUCAAUGAAUGUAUUAUUUUAAAUAAUUAUCUAGAUAUGCUCCCGUAUAAAACAUAUUUUGACUCUACUACUUUUACUUCUUCAUCUCCUUGGGUAUUUGUUCCUGAUCCAAUAAAUUUUAAUUUAGUUAAUUCUUAAAAGAUAAGCACAAUUCCUUGUUAAUCUAGUAAAGCAUAUGUAGGUCCAUUUUUUUAUAAUGAAGGAUUUAGUGUAAAAUUAUCAAUUCCUUAUAAUAUAUCCUAUAUAAGAUUUAGAGCUACAAUAAUAAGAUUUAAUAAUUGGGCUGAUUAUUCAGCAGUUCACAUAUUGUUAGAUGAUGUUGAAUUUGCAUCAGUCUAUACAAUAUCUUAAGUAUUGACAGGUCGAAAUGCUGAUAAAUUAUAUUCAGAUACUAAUUGUACAAAUCCUAAUCCUAAUGUUGAAUACUAUAGAUUAGAAACUAAAUUAAAAUCAAACAUUACAAAUCCUAUAUUAAUCUUAUAAGGAUCUAUGGAGUAUAAAUAUAAUAAUAUUAAAAGUUCAAUUGGUUUAUAAUCUUGGGGGUUUCGAGAUGUUGUGAUGGAUAUAAUGAAAUGUUAAGAAUCAUGUGAUUGGUGUGAUUUUGAUUAGAAAUGUUAUUCUUGUUCAUCAGGAUUUCUUUAUAAAAAUAAAUGUGUAUCUGAUUGCCCAUCAUUUGGAAUUUAAACUACAAGAGUUUGUUAAGAUUUAGAUGAAGUUGCCGCUAGUAUUUAUUUUAGUAAAUUUUAGAUUCUAAAUACAUAAUUAAAGCAUUUUAUGAUUCUUCAAAUACAACUGAUACAGAUGUAAGUUCUAUCGUAGGAACAGUAUCAAAUUAAGCUGCAGAUUUUAAAACAAAAGAUCGCUUUUUGAAUACAAAUACUGCAAUUUAUUUUAGUUAUUAUUUGUAAAAAAGAGUGUUGGGUGGUCCAUUAGUUUGGUUUAAAGCAUAAUUUCUUAAAAACUUCAAUUUAAAUCCACAUUAUAGUUUUAGAUUUAAAUUUAUAAUCAUUUUAGGUGAUGAUUUUGAUGGAAGUUUUGAUUAUGAUAUAGGAGGAGUUUCAGAUUCAUUAACUAAAGAUAGCAAACCAACUACAAGCACUAAAAUUGGCAGAGAUAGAGAUGAUAAAUACAUAAUUGUUGAUAGAACAUAAUCACACUUUACAUCUAGUUUUUCAGUAUAACUCAAAUGUAGUUCAAAUAGAGGAAACAUAAAAGAUAAUUUCUGUAUUAUUUAUGAUUAUUUUAUACUUAUUUUAGAAGUAAAUAAUAAAUGUUAUAUAGUGCACUCAAUAUUGUACUGCUUGCACUGGUCCAACAUGGGCAUAAUGUACUGGAUAAUAAUCAUUACCAAUAGGAAUGUCAUCACCUUCUACUUGUAUUAAUAACACUUACUAUUUUGAUAACACAGUUACUCCUGCUGUUUGUAGAUCAUGCACACCUAUUUAUUGUUUAGAAUGUUUAAAUUCAUAUAUUUGUACUAAAUGUGCUACUAAUUUUUAUUUAUAGAAUGGAAAUUGUUAAUGUUAUCCUUGGACAUAUUUAACAAAUACAAAUAAUUGUGUAAAUUGUCAUCCUUUAUGUGAUUCUUGUUAUGGUUCUGACAGCACUGAAUGUUUAUUUUGUAAAAGUUCUUAACAUAGAUAUUUAAAUAAUAAUCAAUGUGUUUGUCAAAGUAAUUAUUAUGAUGAUGGUAUCAAUUAAAAUUGUUAAUCAAUAUGUGGUGAUAUGAUCGUAACUGAAGGAGAAGACUGUGAUGAUGGUAAUACAAUUAGAUUUGAUGGGUGUAAUAAUUGUAAAUUUGAAUGUUAGAAAGAGUGUUAAACCUGUGUUAAUGGUUAAUGCUCAGUUUGUACUCCUGGUUAUACAUUAUAAAAAACUAUGAGAAGAUGUUACCCUACAUGUGGAAAUGGAUCUAUUGUUAGUGAAGAAUAAUGUGAAGAUAAUAAUCUGACUCCUUAUGAUGGCUGUUUUAAUUGUUAAUUCUAAUGUUAAACUUAAUGCACAAACUGCAUAUAUGGAAAAUGUUAUCAAUGUGAUGAUUCCAUAGGUUAUUACAUUAAUUUGGCUACUUAUAAAUGUCUUACUAUAUGUGGUGAUUUAAUUGUUGCUGGUGGAGAAAUAUGCGAUGAUGGAAAUAACAAUCCAUUUGAUGGAUGUAAUAAUUGCAAUUAUUCAUGUGAUUCUUUUUGUGAUUUAUGUAUUAAAGGAAUUUGUACUAAAUGCAAAUAAGGCUUCUACUUACUAAAUAAAAAUGGAAAAUGUGCCCCAAUAUGUGGAGACAAACUUGCAACAUACUAUGAAGAAUGUGAUGAUGGCAAUUUAAUUAAUUAUGAUGGAUGUGAUUCAUGCAAUCUGGCUUGUUAAGAAUAAUGUACAUCAUGUAUUUUUGGAAGUUGUUAUGAAUGUAAUACACCAGGUUAUUAAUUAAAUCCUAAACUCAAGGAGUGUAUUCCAAUUUGUGGGGAUAAUGUUCUAUCUCUAUUAAUUGAAUAAUGCGAUGAUGGUAACUAAACAUUUGAAGAUGGAUGCUUUUAAUGUAAAUAUGAAUGUUAAGCUGAAUGUCAAACCUGUGCAGCAGGUAUUUGUUAUAAUUGCAAAAAAAACUAUUAUCUUAGCUCUGAAAAUGCUUGUCUUCCUAUCUGUGGUGAUGGAGUUAUUACCAAAUAUGAAUUUUGUGAUGAUUAUAACUUUGUCAUUGAAGAUGGAUGUUCAAACUGCACUUUCUAAUGCGAAAAAUUUUGUACCUAAUGUUAAUUUGGAAUUUGCUUAUCCUGUUAAAGUGGAUACUAUUUAAACUAAUCAAAAAAGAAAUGCCUUCCUAUUUGUGGAGAUAAACUUAUUUUAGGAGAUGAAUAAUGCGAUUUUGGUAUUAUUCAAUUUGAGGAUACUAUUAAAAAUAUGACUGGAUGUAUCAACUGCUAACUUUAAUGUUCCUCCUAAUGUGAAAUUUGUACCUAAGGUCAAUGUUUAAAAUGUAAAGAGUCUUUAGGAUGGUAUUUAGAUGAAGACACCUUAUUUUGUUACAGUAAAUGUGGAGAUUCUAUAAUUACUGAUUAUGAGGAAUGCGAGGACUUAAAUUCUUAAUUAAAUGAUGGAUGCAAUUAAUGUAUUUUUACAUGUUCAGAGUAAUGUUCUGUUUGCAUUUUUGGAUCAUGUUAGAAAUGCUAUUCAGGAUAUACUUUAAUUGAUUAAAAGUGCAUAUCAAUCUGUGGCGAUGGAAUAAUUGCUGGAAAUGAAGAGUGUGAUACAGGAAUUAUUACUAUUGAUGAAUUUGAAUGUGUGAAUUGUAAAUACAAAUGUUCAGAAGGUUGCAAUAAUUGUUUUUAUGGCAAAUGUUUGGAAUGCAAAAAUAAUUUUGGAUGGUAUUUGAAUUUGAAUGAUCAAUGUUAAUCAAAGUGUGGUGAUCUAAUUAUCAGCGAUAGAGAGAAUUGUGAUACAAACUCAGUAUCUUGUGACAGUUGUAAUUUUGUUUGUGAUGAUAAUUGUGAUUAUUGUAAAUUUGGAAUUUGUUAAUAUUGUAAAAAAGGAUAUGAAUUAUUAAUAAAUAAAUGUAUUAGUAUUUGUGGUGAUUCAAUUUAAACAAAUACAGAGGAUUGUGAAAAUGAUGAUAUUAUUCCUUUUGAUGGUUGUUAUUAAUGUUAAUUUUAAUGUUAAAAUGAAUGUUUACAUUGUAUCAAUGGUGAAUGUAUAUCAUGUGAUGAGAUUAAUGGAUGGUAUCUAUAAAACAAAAAGUGUGAAACUAAAUGUGGAGAUGGGAUUAUCACUGGAUAAGAAUAAUGCGAUAUAAGUUUAGAAUUAGAUAAUGGAGACAUAUCAAUUAAUUAAUGUUUUAAUUGUCGAUUUUAGUGUGUUUUAAAUUGUUUAAAUUGUGAUAGAGGAAUUUGCAAUUAAUGUGAAAUUGGUUUUUUUUUAAAUGUUUAAAGUGAAUGUGAAAGUAUUUGUGGAGACUAAACUAAUAAAGAUUUUGAGGUCUGUGAUGAUGAUAAUCUUGAUGCAUUUGAUGGUUGUUUUUAAUGUUAAUAUGAUUGUUCAGUAGAAUGUUAAGAGUGUUUGUACGGAUAAUGUUAAUUGUGCUAAGAAGAUUUUUAUCUGGAUAAUACUAGGUAAUGUAAACCAAUUUGUGGAGAUAUGAAAGUAACUUAAUAUGAAGAAUGUGAUGAUGGUAAUGAUAUACCUUAUGAUGGAUGUUAUAAUUGCAAAUAUUCUUGUACUGAAAAUUGUUAAAAUUGUAUAAAAGGAGUUUGUUCAAGUUGUAAUUAAGGAUAUGUACUAUCAUUUCCUAAAUGUAUAUUGGAUUGUAAAUAUGUAAUUAAUCGAUAGAAUCAGGAUUAUUGUUAUUAAAAAGAAUGUUAAAGAGAGUGUUUGAUUUGUAUUAAUGGUGAUUGCUAUUAAUGUUAAAAUGGAUGGUAUUUGAAUUAAGUAGAACAUACUUGUGAAAGUAUGUGUGGAGAUAAUGUAAUAGUUGGAUUAGAAUAAUGUGAUAAAGCAUUAUUGUUAUAAAAGGAUGAAUCUUAUUGUAAUAGUUAAUGUUAAUUUGCAUGUCCUUAUAAUUGUGCUACUUGUUCAUUUGGUAUUUGUCAUUAAUGUUAGAGUGGAUAUAAUUUGGUAGAAAAUAAAUGUGAGAAUAAUUGUGGUGAUGCUAUUAUAACAGAGGUAGAACAAUGUGAUGAUGGUAAUAGUGAAGCAUUUGAUGGAUGCUAUGAAUGUUCUUUUGAUUGUUCAAGAUAAUGUGAAUUAUGCGUAAAAGGAAAAUGUGAAAUUUGUUAAUAAGGAUAUGAAUUUAAUAAUGGAAAUUGUUUACCAAUAUGUGGAGAUGGAAUUGUUACAAUAGAUGAAGAUUGUGAUGAUUAGAAUUCAUUAAAAUUCGAUAGUUGCAAUUAAUGUAAAUAUGAAUGUGAUUAGAAUUGUAUUUUUUGUGAAUUUGGUAAGUGUAUAUUUUGUUCAAAUGGAUUCUAUUUAUAAGGUUAGAUUUGUUUAUCAAUUUGUGGAGAUGGGUUGAUUGUUGGAAAUGAACAAUGUGAUGAUAGUAAUUUAAUUGAUGAAGAUGGAUGUUUUGAGUGUCAUUAUUCUUGUCAAUAAUAAUGUAUGAAUUGUUAAUAUGGCUCAUGUAUACUAUGUGAUUAAGAAACAGGAUGGCAUUUAACACCUUAAGGAUAUUGUUAACCUUUUUGUGGAGAUUAAUUAAUAGCAGGUUUAGAAUAAUGUGACGAUGGUAAUGAAAUCAAUUUUGAUGGUUGUUAUGAAUGUGAAUUUAUAUGUUAAGAACCAUGCACAAAAUGUAUCAAUGGCUAAUGCUAUGAAUGUAAUACUCCAGGAUGGAAAUUAGAAAACUAUUUUUGUUGGGAAGUAUGUGGUGAUGCACUUAUAGUUGGUAUUGAAGAAUGUGACGAUGGAAAUGAUAUACCUUAUGAUGGAUGCUUUUACUGUAAAACUUAAUGUGAAGAAGCUUGCAUUGUUUGUUAGGAUGGAUAAUGUGAAUAAUGUACAUUUGGUUGGUAAUUAAAUGAUAAACAAAGAUGUGGAACUAUUUGUGGAGAUAAGUAUGUCAUCCCUAAAUUUGAAGAUUGUGAUGAUGGUAAUUUAUUGCCAUUUGAUGGAUGUUAUGAAUGCAGUUAUUAGUGUGUUUAGUAUUGUACUGAUUGUAGAAAAGAUGUUUGCUAUGAAUGCAAUACAACUGGUUGGACUUAUGAUUAAUAAACCUAAUCAUGUGUGCCUAUUUGUGGUGAUGGACUUGUUAAUGGAUAUGAAUAGUGUGAUGAUGGUAAUCUCAUUGAAAAUGAUGGAUGUAAUAAUACUUGUGAAUUUUAAUGCCAUUUUGCUUGUCUUAAUUGUGAUAAUGGUAAAUGUUUAGAAUGUGAUCAUUACUUGGGAUAUUUCAAAUCAAAUAAAUAAUGUGCAUCAGCAUGUGGAGAUGGGUUAUGGGAAUAAAAUACAGAGUAGUGUGAUGAUGGUAAUCUUAUCAAUUAAGAUGGUUGUGAUAAGAAUUGUCGAAUCGAACUUGAUUGGUAUUGCAAAAAUGAAGCCUUAAAAAUUAGUAAUUGUAUCUAUAAAAAACAACCACACAUUUAGUUAAAAUUAUUGUCAUAAAAAGAUAGCCUAUCUGAAAUUGAAGUUACAUUUUCAACUUAAAUGAUGUUAUAAUCUAAUAUUGUUUUGAUAGAAAAUAAUGAAAUUCAUCCUCUUAACAAUGAUUAAGCAUUUUUCUUGAUCAGAAUAAAUGAAUUGACUGAUUCAGAUUAUGAAUACAAAAUCGAAGCUAUUGUUACUGUUUAAGAAUUUCCUUAAUAUAUUAACUAUAUCAUUAAGUUGAAUCUUUUAAACAAUGUCUCAUUUGAUUAAGUCAAUAUUUAAGUCUUUGUUGAUAAAAAGAUUAUUAUUACAGAAGAUCAAGUCAUUUUAGACUAAAAUUCAGCCGAAUUGAGAAUACCUGUUCCUUAUAUACAAAGUGCAUUUUCUUAAAAAGUAGUCGAACUAUUUUCAAACGCUAAUGAAAUUUCCAUGUAUGCAGCAACCAGUGUUUCACUAAUUAGCAUAUUUUCAUCAGGUUAUUCAAAUCUAUUCAUGACUUUAGAUACUAUUUAAUAUCUUUAUUACACAAGAUAUAUCAAUUUGAAUUUUCCUGAUAAUUUACAAUAGAAUAUGGACAAUCUAAAGAAAUCAACUCCAUUUUAAUUAGUGUAAAAUAAACUUGGUUAGACUGGAUUACCCUAAACUAUUACUACGUAAUCUAAAUCAACAGUUGAAGAAAUGCCAAAUAAAUUUAAAUCAGAUAACUUACAAUACUAAUUUACUUCAAAUAUCUAAACAACGGCUCUUUCUUUAUCAGCCGGUCUGGCUAUAUUUAUAACCACAUUGUCUAUAUCCAAAUUGCUUCAUUUAAUACCUCCACAUAAAUUAAAUGAUUUAGGUUCUGUUAUUGGUGGAGGAAUUUUAAAAGUUCGCUAGAAGUGUACUAAGCUUUCUAAUGACUUUGUUUACUCUGGAGCUAUUAGAUUAAUAACGAUUAAUUUUUAUGAAAUGCAAUUUGCCUCAUUAUUAUAGCUAACGCACCUUGAUUUCAAUACUUAGAGCGAUAUAACCAAUUCAAGUGGAGCAAUUGCUACUUUAGCAUUUAGCUUUGCAUUUACUACUCUACUUGUACAGAAAAUCAGAUAAAUCUAAACUAAAUAAUCUAUCACAAUGAAGCAUUAUAUUCACACAAUAUUACAAUAAGAUAAUAAAGAUCUUUAAAAAUCAACAUGGUAAAUACAAUAUAAUACAAUCUUACUGGUAAAGAAGUCGCUUUACAUGUUUAUCAUUAUUUGUCUCUAAAGUUAAGGUCUUUAUUAAACUAUUGGUGUUGCCACAUAAGCAGCAGCAUUUGCCACUUAUCUGGCUGUAUCUUCACCUUUUUCGAAUAAUGAAGACUAAAUCAAAUAAAUGAUUACAGAGUUAGGAAUGCUUGCUAAUUCUCUAAGUUUUUGCUCAUACUAUACACACGAUUAUUUUUCCAUAUCGAAAGAAAACUUAAAUUAAGUUGGAUGGUUUAACAUAGGCAUUUUUACAACUGUGUUAUCUUCUAACUUAGCAGUUGAUCUCAUAACUCAAAUGAAAAUCUUAUACAAAAAAGUGAAGAAAACAAUCAAUAAACUUAUCGAAUCAUAAAAGCCUUCAUAGUCAAGAGUCUAACCUAUUUUUGUGUGA